AUGGUCAAGGAAGGCACCACCGACGACGCCAGGCAUGGGCACUGCCGUGAUGAGGUGACCAUCACGGCCGUCUCGACGGUGGCGCCGGCGCUGCCGGUGCAGGAGCACCGACUGCCGCUGUCGAACCUGGACCUCAUCCUCCCGCCCAUCGACGUCAGCGUCUUCUUCUGCUACGGGGACCCCGCCGGCGGCCGCAGCCACCACCCGGCCACGGUCCUCAAAGCGGCGCUGGCCAAGACGCUGGUGGCGUACUACCCGAUGGCCGGGGAGGUGGUGGCCAACGCGGCGGGCGAGCCGGAGCUGCUGUGCAGCAGCCGCGGGGUGGACGUCGCGGAGGCGACCGCCGACGGCACCCUGCUGCGGGACCUGCGCCUGGGCCUGCCCGACGAGAGCGUCGAGCCGCUCGUGCCCAAGAAGAAGGCCGGCGUCAUGUCCGUGCAGGUGACCAGGUUCAACAUGCGGCAGGCACCGUCGUCGCGGUGCACCGUCGUCGGGUGCACCUUCGACCACCGCGUCUGCGACGCCUACUCCUUCAACAUGUUCCUCGUCGCGUGGGCCGCAGCCGCCCGCGGCAGCUCAGCGCCUCCGGCCCCGUCCUUCCACCGCUCGUUCCUCGCGCCGCGUGAACCAGCACCGCUCAGCUGCACCGCCGGCAACCUCGCGGAUCGCCUCUUCGUCCCCGUGAGCCUCGCACCGGCCUUGCCAGACACAGCCGCCACCAACCGCAUCUACUGCGUGUCCGCCGACGACGUCGCGGCGCUUCAGGCUUCGGCGGGGUCCGGGCGCACGAAGCUGGAGGCGUUCACGGCGCACCUGUGGCAGCUCUACGCCAAGGCCGCAGCGGCCUCUCGGCGCCAGCAGCAGUCGUGCUGCAUGGGCGUGGUGGUGGACGGGCGCACUCGCCUUCGCCGCGACGGCGCCAUGGAGGCCUACUUCGGCAACGUGCUGACCAUCCCCUACGGCGUCAUGGGUACCGACGCCUUGCGCGGCAUGACGCUCGCCGACGUAGCGGGCGACGUGCACCGGUGGGUGGCGGAGGCCGCGACCGGCGAGCACUUCCGCGAGCUCGUCAACUGGGUGGAGGCGCAGCGGCCGGAGCCCACGGUGGCGAGGGCGUACCUGGGACGCGGCCACGGCGGCGAGGACGCGAUGGCCUGCGUGGUGUCCUCGGGGAUGCGGCUCCCCGUCGGCGAGGUGGACUUUGGGUGGGGCCGGCCGGCGUUCGCAUCGUACCACUUCCCCUGGCCCGGCGGCGCCGGGUACGUGAUGCCGAUGCCGAGCGCGCGCGGGGACGGCGACUGGGUGGUGUACGUGCACGCGGCGCCGGAGGUGGUGGAGGUGAUGGAAGCCGAGCCGACGGUGUUCAGAGCGCUGGAGGAGGCUAACUACCUGUUCGACUAG